GCCGCCUGCACCAGCGCUUGGCCGCAAGCAUCUUUUCGGUUUCUCACCGCGGGCGGCCGCAUUGGAGAAUUCCCGAGCAAGUGGCACGUCCUGCAGGAAGAAGGCGAAUCGCGGGCGGCGGUGCAGGCGGUGAGGGUCUGCAGCGCAGCCGGGCGAUGUUUGGCGUACUCCGCCGACUGUGCCGACAUCCGCCUCUGGGAAGAGGUAACUCAGGUGAUCCACGGAUAGGUCCAGCCAUGGAGACAGGAAUGCCAGACAGGAGUUGUCCAAGCAUUCCAGGAGUGCCAGAGGAACAAGUGCCAGCGGGAUUCGAGCGCAAGGGCUCAGGAACGGCAUCAACACAAAGCUUGUCAAGCUUGUCUUUGCAGCCGCCACCACAACCUCCUCCUGGCAGACGGCUGUCGUCAAUGAGGUUGAGUCGCGUGAUGACGAUUAUCGAAAUCGUGGAGUCGGAGAGACCAGCAUUUGCUGGUUUCCAGCCUUGGCUGGCACUUCUGCUCCUCGCCGUGCCGGUGACCAGCGCCUUCACGGGAUUUGGUGUUCAGCUCGCAGCCUCUCGCGCGAGCUUCUCCAAAUACCUCCCCCUGGUGUUGUCGGCCCUCAUAACUGUCGUGGGCUUGUCCAUCCACCUUCGCAUCCAGUAUGGCUGGGAUGGCUUCAAGAAGUUGGCCAACAAGAAGUACCUCUUGUGCCUCAUCCCAGGACCAUUUGGAGCAGCCAAGUAUGCACUGCAGAACGCUUCCGUGACGAUGAUGAGCUCCUCGCUCUUUUUCGUCAUGAUGCGAACAUCGCUGCUUUGGGUGGCCAUCCUCGAUGCCGUGCGUGCCAAACAGCUGCCUGAUGUGCUGCAGACCAUUACGCUCCUGGCGGUGCUCUUGUCCUGCAUCAGCUCCAUGCUGCAGGCUCUGGAAGAAACCGAGGAUGGCGCUGAAACCACGCCGAUUCUGGCAGUUGUGCUGGCCGCAGCGUGUGGACUGGCUGAUGCUCUGUGCCUCGGACCGACUUAA